AUGCUUGCGAGCCUGAUGUUAAGUGGUUACCCCAGACUAUGCAUUACCAGGAUGACCACUAGCGACUUACCGAAUCUAGACCGUAAAAAAGUUUUGUUACUUCUACCUAAGAGAAACAUACUUCCGGUUCUUCUCAUAGCAUUACUACCUUCAUGUAAAUGUGAACCCACUAAUGGACACAAUUAUAAUAAUGGAAAUGCUGCAUCAAAUUUUGGCGAUGUAUUGAGACCACCACCACCACCGCCGCUGCCAAUAGCGCCAGUACCAUUUCACGGAGGAGCUGAAAGAUUACAACGACACAAUAAUGAUCUGGGCUAUUUAUACCAACCUCCUCCACCAUCAUUACCACCGCCUACGAUUACUCCAGCCAAAUUUAAUUUCCCAGCUCCUUUUUAUAAGCAGUAUAAUUUCAACUUUGUUCCUCCUCCACAACCUUUUACAACGACUUUAUCGCCUACCAUAUUCCAAAAACUAUCAGGAUGGCUCUUUUCAUCUCAACAAGUUUCUGGUUCAGAGUCACCAAUAAAUGUAGCUCCAUUAAAAAAGGAUUGCAACCCCUGUAAUGCUGUGCCAUGGUUACCUGUAAUAAGAUAUGAUUUAGAUUCUGGAAAGGAACGUCAAAAUAUCAACCCUUCUUACGGAUCACCGCAUAUAUCAAGUAUUUCUGAUUUGAAUACGAUUAAUAGUGUCCCGCAACCCUUACAGUCCCAAAAUCCUAACUUGAAUCCCACAGUUACACCUCAUACCAUAUAUGAUCUACCACCCGUGUCACAUAAUAAAUAUUUCAAAUCACCGAGUUCUACAUACGGACCACCAAGUCCGACCCAUAUUGUUCCCGUUAUAAACGAAAAUCCUUUAAACACCCCCUAUCCUAUAUCUAGCAGUUCUCUGUACGACCUACCAAGUGUUUCUAAUUUUCCCUCUUCAUCCUAUUUACCCAGUUCAUCUUAUACACUUGGGUCAACUUAUAAACCUAUUCCUUCUUCAUAUAUAUCUACAUCUAUCAUUCAUGAGAAUAAGUUUACUUCUACAACACAAUUCCCAAUUACCUCGACAUACAAAUCAGAAUUUUUGAUUAAAAAUGGACCUAAUCAGAAUCAUAUAAAUAACAUAAGACAGUUGAAUCCAACUUUAGAACAACAAUUACCAAAAGUUUCAAACCCCACCGGAUUCAAAAACUCGUAUGGGGAACCAAUCGUUAAUUCUUAUGCUCUAGAUAUCCCAGCAUCCGCUGCCGAAUCAAUAAAAAUUAAUAGUGAAAUUCAUCCUAGUGAAACAAUUAAAUCUAAUAUUUCAAAUGUUUCACUAGCCUUGGCAAAUCCAGCACCAUUCAGUUUAAAUAGAGGAAGGAAUAUUCACACCUUACAACCAGUAGCAUUACCCAAUUUGAGCGUGUCACCACUUCCUCCAAUAUUUAAUGCACGCCCAUUCCGGCCACUUCCUAUAAAAUAUCCAUAUAAUGUCAUACAAGACAAUCUCAUUUCAAAUAAUUUAAACAUCGAUAAAAGUGUUCCCAUUGCAGAAUAUACUCAUUUAGAAUAUCCAACAACAAUUAUUCAAUCCCCUGUAAUAGAUAUAGACGCCUUAAAAAAAAUAAACAACAGUAAAGGCUACAGAAAUAUAGAAAAUAGUUAUGUUAUAGAUGAAGUUCGUGAUAUAUCCCCUCAAGCUUCCGAAGAUCACACACACAUAUCAAAAUCAAAACAAGAAGCCAGUUUUGAAAGUAUUGGUCCUGAUCUUAACAACGAUUUAUAUGAUGCUGGUAUUCCACUGGAAAUUAUACAGUCACCCGACUUUCCGUACAACCAUAAAGUUAGUUUCGCUGAUUUACGGGGCGUUAAAGAUGAAGACGUGGACAAAUAUCGUACUGAAAGUAAUCUCCAGUAUAUAGAUUCACCUUUGUUAUAUUUAAAACCGAGUGCACCACACAAAAAUUACAAAAAUUUUGGAUUUACGACAUCAACUACAGAGAAGGGAGCAGAUUAUGAAAUUUAUGAUGAAAAUCCAACAACACCUUCUCCUGAACUACCCACUGUCACUUCUUCCUGGGAUGAACAGAAACAUUCUAUUAAUAAGGAAUCGUCCUCUAUUGUUGGUCAGGAAAAUGGAGGCAGAUCUAAAAUUAUCCAAAUUAUUGUUCCCUAUACCACUGACAAAAGGCACGAUAAAAAUGAGAAUAUGUUACCACAUCAACAAAAGUGGGUGUUAAAUACUGAAAAAGAAUAUCAAGCAAGAAAAAUUCAUGAUAACACUGAGAACUAUUUUGAAACUGUUGCAACGGAAGGUUAUACUAACCUAAAUACAGUGACAGAGGAAUCUGUGUUAACUAGUGAGGAACAAUAUAAUACAGCUAAAAGUAAUAAUAUGCAUGAAGGCAAAGAGCCACCAUUUGAUAUAAUAAAGCUUCAACAUACGAUAGAUGAUUGGACUGAGCAAGAAUAUUCUAAUCUUUACGGAAGUUCGCAAAGAUCACGAUCUGGUGAAAAAUAUGCGAAACAAAUACCCGAUGAGUACUUUACAACGAUUAAUCCUGUAACCAGUUAUGUAACAGACAUGAAUGGCGACAAUUACGAUUUAUUUGAUCAUGAGGGUUCAAGUAGUAUACAACAUGCAAUAACGGAUAAUAAAACUAACAUAUUCGCUAUCAAUCGUAAUGAUUACAAUACAUUAGAAAAAAAUAAAAAUGUUCACUACAGUGCCAAAAAUGAAGAAAAUGGAUUAAAAAAAGGAUUUAACAUUUACACAGUCCCAUCAAAUUUUAGGAGUACAACAAGCACAACCACUGCUGCACCAUGGGAGAAAAUACAGACAUCAAUAUCUCCUCUGACGAACGAAAAAGUGUAUGUUGUGACUUCGAAACCAUGGAGAGAAAAUGUAACGAAAGAAACGAAUCAAGACAAAAUAUCUGAAGACCAAGACACUGAAGAUACCAUAGAUACAGAUGAUUUACCAUUCAAGUCACCUAGAUUCUUUAAUAGACCUUUAUAUGGUUUUACUUCUGAUGCCAUCGACUUCGAAAAACUUGAUUCACCAUACGGUUAUUCCAGUGGCUGGCACCGAAGAAUAAACAAUUUAGGAAAUGAAAGGGAGCAAGGAAAUACUUCGGUUGAAGAUGAAUCUGAUCUGAUUCCCGUAACUGCGAAGGAUACUUAG